AAAUCAAAGCAGUGAGGGAGUAGAGUUCGUCAUUUAGUAGCCGUACCUUCUUGUUUCUUGCAAUUUCGCCUUCACCGCUUCUCUCUCACGAUUCCGGCGUUCUCUUCGGUCGUUCUUCUUGAAGGAAGGCUAGUUGUAAGGGCCGGACUGAUACUAUCAAGCAAAGAUGGCGAACUUACAGUUGACUGGAAUUCUUGAAAAGAUGACGGGCAAGGAUAAGGAUUACAGGUAUAUGGCAACCUCUGAUUUGCUGAAUGAGUUGAAUAAGGAAUCCUUCAAACUAGACCCUGACAUGGAGACGAAGUUGUCGAGUAUCAUACUGCAGCAGCUUGACGAUGUGGCUGGUGAUGUUUCUGGAUUGGCUGUCAAAUGCCUUGCUCCACUGGUGAAGAAAAUCAGUGAACCACGGGUGGUGGACAUGACCAAUAAACUGUGUGGUAAGCUACUGCAUGGGAAAGAACAGCAUCGUGAUAUUACUGGCAUAGCCCUCCGUACAAUUGUCGCUCAAGUAGUUCCUUCACAUGCGCAAUCUGUACUUGUUUCCCUAACCCCACAAAUGAUAAAAGGGAUAGCUGCCCAGGGAACAAUCACAGGGGUGAAAUGUGAAUGUCUUGAGAUCAUGUGUGAUGUUGUUCAGACAUAUGGAAAUUUAAUGGCAAGUGAUCAUGAAGCACUUUUGAGUGCAUUGUUGUUGCAAUUGGGUUGCAACCAAGCCACUGUCAGGAAGAAGACUGUUACUUGCAUUGCAUCUCUUGCUUCGAGUUUAUCUGAUGAUUUGCUUGCAAAGGCGACUGUCGAAGUCGUGCGAAACUUGCAAAAUAAUAAGGUGAAACCUGAGAUGACCCGUACCAAUAUUCAAAUGAUUGGUGCUUUAAGCCGUUCUGUUGGGUACCGAUUUGGAACCCAUCUUGGUGAUACUGUGCCAGUCUUGAUCAAUUACUGCACAAGUGCUUCAGAGAAUGACGAAGAGCUUCGCGAGUAUAGCUUACAGGCACUUGAAAGCUUUUUACUACGAUGCCCAAGGGACAUCUCACCAUAUUGUGAUGAAAUAUUGAAUCUUACCUUGGAAUAUAUAAGUUACGACCCAAAUUUUACAGACAACAUGGAAGAAGAUGCUGAUGAUGAGAAUCUUGAAGAGGAGGAAGAUGAUGAGAGUGCAAAUGAGUACACCGAUGACGAAGAUGCGAGCUGGAAAGUCAGGAGAGCUGCGGCUAAGUGCUUAGCUGGUUUAAUCGUUUCUCGUCCUGAGAUGCUUUCAAAACUAUAUCAUGAGGCAUGCCCGGAACUAAUCGACAGAUUUAAGGAAAGAGAAGAAAACGUGAAGAUGGAUGUAUUCAACACAUUCACUGAGUUACUACGGCAGACAGGAAAUGUGACAAAAGGACAAGCUGACACAGAUGAAUCAAGUCCAAGAUGGCUUUUGAAGCAAGAAGUACCAAAGAUUGUGAAAUCCAUAAAUAGGCAACUGCGUGAAAAGUCUGUCAAGACAAAGGUUGGUGCAUUCUCGGUGCUGAGAGAACUUGUGGUUGUCCUGCCUGAUUGCCUCACAGAUCAUAUUGGUUCUCUUGUUCCUGGAAUUGAGAGGGCACUAAACGAUAAAUCUUCUACAUCAAACUUGAAAAUCGAAGCUCUUGUCUUCACAAGAUUGGUCUUGGCUUCACACUCACCCCCUGUAUUUCACCCAUACAUCAAGGAUCUUUCUACUCCGGUUUUAGCUGCUGUGGGUGAACGUUAUUACAAGGUGACUGCUGAGGCAUUAAAAGUCUGCGGGGAGCUUGUCAGAGUAGUGCGUCCAAGUAUUGAGGGCACGGGUUUUGAUUUUAAACUGUUUGUUCAUCCAAUCUACAAUGCGAUAAUGUCACGUUUGACGAAUCAAGAUCAGGACCAGGAGGUCAAGGAGUGUGCUAUUACCUGUAUGGGUCUUGUAAUUUCAACAUUUGGUGAUCAACUGAAAACAGAAUUGCCUUCUUGCCUUCCUGUACUUGUUGACAGAAUGGGAAAUGAGAUCACCCGGCUUACAGCUGUAAAGGCAUUUGCUGUCAUUGCGACCUCUCCACUGCAUGUUGAUUUGUCAUGCAUCUUGGAUCAUUUGAUUGCUGAACUGACUGGAUUCUUACGGAAGGCUAACCGGGUUCUAAGGCAAGCAACACUUGUGACACUGAACUCCCUGGUAACUGCGUAUGGUGAUAAAAUUGGUUCAGGUGCUUAUGAAGUUAUUCUAGUGGAGCUUUCAUCUUUGAUAAGUGUUUCAGACCUGCACAUGACAGCUCUUGCGCUGGAACUCUGCUGCACUUUGAUGACCGGCAAGAGUUGCAUUGAGAAUAUCAGUUCUGCGGUUCGCAACAAGGUCCUUCCCCAAGCUUUAACAUUAGUUAAAAGCCCAUUGCUCCAGGGUCAAGCACUUUUGGCUUUACAAGGAUUUUUUGAAGCUCUGGUUUACCAUGCAAAUACAAAUUUCUACACAUUGCUGGAUUCAUUACUUUCUUGUGCUAAACCUUCUCCUGAGUCUGGAGGUGUGCCUAAGCAAGCUCUAUGUUCAAUUGCACAGUGUGUUGCUGUUCUCUGUCUUGCAGCAGGUGAUCAGAAUUGUUCAUCUACAGUUAAAAUGUUAAUAGAAAUCCUUAAAGAUGAUAGCAGCACCAAUUCGGCGAAGCAACAUCUUGCUUUGUUGUGUCUGGGUGAGGUUGGGAGAAGAAAAGAUCUAAGUGCUCAUGCUAACAUUGAAACAAUCAUAAUUGAGUCCUUCCAAUCUCCUUUCGAAGAGAUAAAGUCUGCAGCUUCUUACGCUCUUGGAAACAUUGCUGUUGGUAAUCUGUCCAAGUACCUACCUUUUAUCUUGGACCAAAUUGAUAAUCACCAGAAGAAACAAUAUAUUCUGCUUCAUUCACUCAAGGAGGUUAUAGUUAGGCAAUCUGUGGAUAAAGCAGACUUCCAGGAUGCUAGUAUCGAGAAAAUACUUGCUUUGCUAUUUAACCACUGCGAAAGCGAGGAAGAAGGUGUGAGGAAUGUUGUUGCUGAAUGCUUGGGUAAAAUGGCACUGAUUGAGCCUGAGAAAUUAGUGCCAGCUCUUAAGGUGAGGACGACAAGUCCUGCUGCUUUUACUCGUGCAACUGUUGUCACUGCUGUGAAAUAUUCUGUGGUUGAACGGCCAGAGAAAUUAGACGAAAUCAUCUGCCCGGAGAUUUCUUCAUUCCUCAUGCUUAUUAAGGAUAGUGACAGGCAUGUUAGGCGGGCAGCUGUGUCGGCUCUGAGUACUUUUGCUCACUAUAAACCAAACCUUAUCAAAGGACUGCUUCCUGGACUAUUACCACUUCUUUAUGAUCAAACGGUUGUCAGGAAAGAGUUAAUACGAACAGUUGAUCUUGGACCAUUCAAGCACGUUGUUGAUGAUGGGCUUGAGCUACGGAAAGCGGCUUUCGAGUGCGUAUUCACGUUACUAGACAGUUGUCGUGAUCAAGUAAAUCCGUCUUCUUUCGUCGUUCCUCACCUUAAAUCGGGACUGGAAGAUCAUUACGAUUUGAAGAUGCUUUGCCACCUCAUCCUCUCGAUACUCGCAGAAAAAUGCCCCUCGGCUGUAUUAGCGGUGCUGGAUUCCCUGGCGGAACCUCUGCAAAAGACGGUGAAUUUCAAGCCAAAGGCAGAUGCAGUGAAGCAAGAGCAUGACCGCAAUGAAGACAUGAUCAGAAGCGCCCUACGCGCCAUCUCCUCCUUGGAUCGAAUCAGCGGAGCAGACUACAGCCCCAAGUUCAAGAACCUAAUGGCUGAGAUGCAAAAAUCUCGGCCUCUGUGGGAGAAGUUCCUCUCCAUCCGGAACGAUUUUGCUUUUUUUUUUUUUUGGAUUUUUUAACUUCAAAAAAAAAUCCUAUAAAAGAACAUAGAUCGUUUUAGAAUCCUAUAAAGUUACUCGAGCCUUAUCUAUUACAAACUUGACCACUCAGGCGUGACAAGGGGUGACUGCGGGUCACAUGUCCGGAUUUUUUAGGACAUCUUUUCUUGGCAUUGGUCUUACGGAGUGUUUUUUUUUUUGGAAGUAUUAUUUCAAAAACAUGUGAAAAAGUUCUGUGUUGAUUUUAUUGGUAUAUAGAUAAUUUUAUAUGAAAAUAUGCCAAUGUAUUUUUGUAAAAUACGUAGAAAAUCAGAGUUUUUUUA